CCUCAACGCCCUUCCUCAACUCCCUUCCUCCCAAAACCCAAAACCCACCCCCUGAACUCCAACAUGCUUCUUCACCUCACCCUCAUCACCGCGCUCCUCGCCCUCCCCAUCCACGCAAUCCCCUGCUGUCGUCCCUUCCCAAUACCAGACUCCAGCAGCCCCUGCGCCCCUCACAUCGGCGUCUCCCCGCCUCCCGAAGCGCACACAAACCCAAGACCGCGCAGCGACACUCCUACCACCGUCGUCCCAGAAUCCAUACCCAACGUCGACGUCUUUCCGGGUUUUCCCUAGGGGUUGUUUUGGGCCCAGGACUUGCUGUUGCAAAGGAAGGUAGGAUAGGGUGUAGAGAGAGAUUAGUUCUUGGGAUGAUUUAAUAGGUUGAGAUUAAGAAUUUGGCGGGUUCGAGAUUUUACUGUUUGUUUAAUGGAAGGACGUUUUGGAACGUGAGAGAUGGGUGGGUUACCUUAAUCAUGGUGGUAUUUGUUGGUUGGGAUCCAGGUGGGAUUGGUUGCUAUAUCGAGUUGAAGCUUGGGAUUCUUGGAAAGGAGAGGGUAAUUAAUUGGAUUGUGUGUAUCAGUACUAGGAAGGGCGCUUUGGGGCUCAGUGGAAGAUUAAUAGAGGUUGAGUUUGGCUGU